AUGGGCUUGCAGAGGAGCAUAGAGUCGAAUGCAAGGAAGCCGGUCACUCGUGGUCAGAAAGCUGUUGCCGCUUGCUCAGGCGCUGUGCUCACCAGCUUGACAAUGACCCCUUUCGAUGUGGUCAAGACGCGCCUGCAGACGCAGGCGGCUGUGGAGCCGCUAUUCGUGCCAUCCAACAGACUUUCACCUAUAGGCCCACCGGCCUCACCCUUGCCUGGGCCGAGCUCACGUCCAGCCACUGGCCCCGGUAUCAGCGCAUUGCGGUCCGCUCCCUCCAAUCCUGCCACCUGUUGCCACGCCACAUUCUUCACCUCGAAUGGCGACGCAGCUCUGACCUGCGUCCACGACCCACGAGUAGUGGUCGGACCUUCAAGGGGCGGUGCAGGAAGCAGCUCAGUCACUAUGCGACCUUCCAAACAUCCCAGCACGGGCACCGAUCUGGUACACAACCAUAGCCGGUCUGUACGGAGCACAGCCCAAACGGCCCGCUACGCUCGUGGUGCCAGUAGCAACGCAGCGAUCGCGCAGCAUGCUCGCAACUCAGCAACUAUAUGUGCUUUUCCGGACCGCGUUGAAGCGGUCAAGCAGCUGGAACAUAGUGCCGGCGAUAGGAGGCUCACUGGGCUUGCGGACGGAAUGAUAAAGAUAUGGAGAUUAGAGGGCGCAAGAGGUUUAUGGAGAGGUCUAAGUCCCACGCUACUCAUGACGGUCCCGUCUCAAGUGACGUACAUGACUUGCUACGAUGCCCUUCGCGACAAGUUUCUGUCUUUGGAAUCUCGAAACGUCGCUGCUGCAGAUUUGAACGCAAACCCUUUGGCGGCUGUCACUCUACAUUCCCUCGGUUCUUCACUGAUCGCAGGUGCGCUUGCGCGCAGCAUCUCAGCAACUCUAGUAACGCCUCUCGAACUCGUGCGCACGCGGCUACAAGCCACGACGACGAGCAAGACUUCCAACCUUUCGGCUCUCGUGCGCUCCUUGCGAGGCGAAGUGACAUCGGAGGGACCGUUGGUACUUUGGCGCGGACUUACGGCAACGCUCUGGCGCGACGUGCCGUUCUCAGCCAUCUAUUUCAUGGGCUACGAAGGUCUGAAGCGCGUUCUGACUGGGGGCGGAUUGGGAGAAGGCAAUGCGAAGGACAAUAGUCACGAAUUUGUGGUCGCUUUUGUGGCCGGGGCGACUUCCGGAACCGCGGCCGCUGUGGUGACGCAUCCUUUCGACCUGCUCAAGACCAGGUUACAAGCUUCGGAGUCUCGGUCGGAAGGCGAGGCUUCGCAAUCGCAGCGCUUGAGCAAUACCCUCGGUCCCGCAGGACGUGCAUCGACGAGAGCCUCUUCGAGUCGGCAAGGCACUUUGGCGGCCAUUCGCAAUAUUGUAGCACAAGAAGGCACGUCUGGGCUGUGGAAGGGUCUCACUCCCCGCAUCGCCAAGGUUGCGCCCGCCUGUGGCAUCAUGAUCGCCAGCUUUGAGGUGGUCGGCAGAGCCCUGGCUGAGGCGGAUUUGUAG